AUGGCCCCAAAGACAAAAAUAUCCAAAGCUGAAGCUUUACCAGCUUCUAAAUUAACUUACAAAGGUACGUAUGACAUGAGAAGGAAUAAAAAAAAUUAGGCCCCAAAAAGCGGUUCCCACAUCUGAAUUUAGUACUAACAUCAUAGAUAUGAUCAAAUCAGCAAUUGAAACAUUAAAGGAAAGAAACGGUUCAUCGUAUGUAUUGAAAUGCUGAAGCAAUAGCCUAUUCGGGCCAAUCACUAACUGUUAUAUAGUCGUCAAGGAUUGAAGAAAUACGUCCAGUCUAAUUACAAGAUCAACGCUGUUAACUUUGAUUCUUUAUUCAACACCGCUUUAAGAAAGGGGGUUGAAACCGGUGACUUCCUCCAACCAAAGGGGCCUUCAGGGCCUGUCAAAUUGGCAAAGAAGGGUAAGAUUGCUCCUGUUGAAGCCAAGGUUACUAAACCAAGCAAACCAAGCAAACCAACUUCUAAGGCUACCACCACCACCAAGAAAACCAACACGAAAAAGACUGCUCCUAAGGCCGCCUCUAAAGUUGCUCCGGCUGCUAAGAAGAAGACCGUGGCCAAGAAACCCGUAGCUAAGAAGUCUGCUGCUACCAAACCAGCAGCAAAGAAGGUCACCAAGAAACCUACUACUAAGGCUGCUGCUCCGAAGAAGGCUGCUGCUAAGAAGGUGACGAAGCCAGCCACCAAGAAGGCUCCUGUUAAGAAAGCUGCUACAAAGAAAUCCGCAAAGAAAUAA